AUGGCGCAGCGAACGGGCUCAGCUGAGAGCGCGACUGCCUCCUCAGCGCAACAGCGCCGAAAAGAGGCGAGCGGAAGCACCGACUCUGCUGAGAGCUUGAGAGCACGCAAUGGCAGCCAGCAGCGAGCUAAGCGUCGACGUCGCCUUCUCCAGCAACAGUGCCUCCAGUCAGUCAGCCCCCUGACUAAGUCAACAUCGCUCGAGUCUCUGGUGGCAGCAUGGCUCUUCUUGCUCGAUAUAACCCAAGAUCAAGUCUCCAACAAGGCCGAGCUUCUUUCAGAGAAACCUAUCCGCGCAGAUUCAGCCGAGUCUUCGGAUGUCCCCAAAAUCCUCAAGGAAUCGCUUCCCUCUCCUAUCCCUCUCAACAAGGACCGCUGGCAAGUGGCCAGCGACAUUCUCGAGGUCGACGGCGUCAAAGAUGAUGCAAGCAGGAACUGCAUAUCCACCGGAGAUGAUGGAUGGAAAGUGGUCAAGUCCAAGAAGAACAAGAGGAGGAAAGGUGCAGUUACAGAGUCGACUACCUCGCCACCUCAUUCUUCCUCUCUUGGCGACUCAGUUACAUCGGCCGUCACCUCUUCGACGCCGUCAAUGUCACCCAAUCCAGAUGCGAACGCCACCCCGAUCAAGCAAGGAGCUCUUGGACUGCAAGAAGAUCCUCACCAUACCAAGGUCACCGCUGUCACGGACCAAGAGCGGUAUCCGGAAUUGUCCCCCAGAGACAUCGAGCAGGUAGCUAAGGAUGUCGAACGCAGCUUCAUCGGUCCUGCAUUCAAGGGCCUCUUCACAUCCCAAGCAGCCGUGAACAAUAAUGAACGGACCGCAUCAAUGUCGGGUCAAAAGCUUUUCCGCCGCAAGCAGCUCUCCCAUCUCGUCCUUACGACGCUCAACAGACAUCCAGCCUUGCACUACUUUCAAGGCUACCACGACAUUCUUAGUGUUGUGCUGCUCACCUUAGCGCCUCAGCCUCCAUCGCCGCUGCCCACAGAAACAGAGCAAGAUCCCUCCAUGCUCUUCGCGGACGCGACUCAGCAAGCACUCCUUGUGCUCGUUACUGAGCGAAUCAGUCUCCACGUCAUUAGAGACAGCCUGACGCGCGACCUCCUCCCCAUCAUGGGUCAGCUCAAGCUUCUCGGAAAUCUAAUCCGCCUCUGCGAUCCGGCACUUGCAGAACUAGUGGACAGGGCGUCACCGCUACCCUUCUUUGCGCUGCCGUGGCUAUUGACGCUGUUGACGCAUGAUGCGGGAGAAGUGGUGGUAAUGCAGAAAGUGUUGGGCUUCGUGUUGGCGUUUGGACCAAGUGCUGCCAUCUAUCUGUGUGCAGCGGUACUUCUCCAGAGGAAAGAAGAGCUGAUAACGAUGGACCCGGACGAGUUGGAGGAUCCGGCGAUAUUGCAUACUAUUUUGGGGCGGUUGCCGCAUAUCGUGGCUGACAGUGGGGAAGACGAGCAGACAGAAGCGAAAGGGGAGCCUGAGGUGAAAGAUAAGCAGGAACGUGCACCCUCACGAGAAUCAAGCAAAGAAGCAAUAUACGUCGACCCAGACGUUGAGCUUCCGAGCCUAGCAUCUGAUCGAGCGCUUGCCGCCUCAACAGCAGCAGGUGGUGCAAGUGACUCAGGAACCAGGCGCCAGAAGAAGGGGUUGCCGAUCUCGACAUUGCUCAAGAAGGCGGUCGACUUGAUGGACAGAUAUCCGCUACAAUCAUCAGACAUGGAAGCCGGCAAGAUCAUGGGUCCAUCAAGUGUUCUAUUCACCUGGUCGCGUGUCUUUGAUCUGCCUGCCGACGACAUGGACGCACCAGACCCAAGGGACAUUGUCGACAGCGACAAGGGCCAGAACCCUGACGAAACUUCACCAAGCGACAGCAUUGACUGGUCAGCACAAAACGAUCUGGCAAGGAAAGCUCUCACCGGCCCCACAGACGCCAUCGUUCGCGAUCCUCACCCUCCACCUCCAACACCACCAACUUCAGACACGAACGAAAAGCACUCACACUCUCAUCCUCACCACCAUCACCUCGGUAAGAAACGAGGAGGCAAAGCAGAAUGGGAGCAGCAAGCCAAGAUGCUAGCGGUCGUCGGCAUCUCAGGUUUACUUGUCGCAGCACUCAUCCGCGCUUCACAAAAUCCGAGCAACGCAGCCUCUUCGGCGGCAAAUCUGGUGAGAGAGACAACAAGCGAAGAGACAAAACGGGUGUUGACGCUGAUCGUGUCUUUGUUGAGUAACUGGGGGCGGGUUGUUGAAAGCGGCUGA